ACUAGAGACCGGAGCGAGCAGCUAGGUGGGGAGUAGCCUGGACCCGGGGCUUCCUCCCUACCCAUCCCUGGCCUCUGGCCCGGAACCAAAGCCACUUGAGCCUGCAGAGAGAAUCGUCACCUUGUCUUCAUUGCUUUCAGGGCUGCUGAGAAAGCUAACAAAAGUGAAAGAAAAAACUGUUGACUCCGUAGAAAGAAGGCUAAGAAACUAAAGAGUGACCAGUGGUUGGACUCUUGUCGGCGCUUACCCUGAACCUGAGUGUUAGGGGAGAGGGAAUCUGCUGCUGCGCUUUCUGGAGCUGCUCAUAAGCAAGAGUUCCCUAUCCUGAUCAAGGCUUUAAGCCUAAACGAAAGCAGAAAUAGGUCAAGGGCAGCCCAAGUGCCCAAUUUCUCUCUCUCUUCACAAAGCACCGCCAGCUAUAGAGAUGAGAAGUUCUGAAGAGCAGCCAAGUGGAGGAACUACAGUAUUGCAACGCCUGCUUCAAGAGCAGCUUCGCUAUGGCAAUCCCAGUGAAAAUCGCAAUCUGCUUGCCAUACACCAGCAAGCCACAGGGAGUGCCCCUCCAUUCGCCACUGGCAAUGGGAACCCAGGCCCUCAGAAUGAUGUGCUGAGUUCCCAGGAUCACCACCAGCAGCUUGUGGCACACCCUGCUCGGCAAGAACCCCAGGGCCAGGAAAUCCAGUCAGAAAGCGUCAUCAUGGAGAAGCAGCUGUCCCCUCGAAUGCAGAAUAAUGAGGAACUCCCAACCUAUGAAGAAGCCAAGGUCCAGUCCCAGUACUUCAGGGGCCAACAGCAUGCUAGUGUUGGGGCUGCUUUCUAUGUCACAGGGGUCACUAACCAGAAGAUGAGAACCGAGGGCCGCCCAUCAGUUCAGCGACUCAAUCCUGGGAAGAUGCACCAAGAUGAAGGACUUAGAGACCUUAAGCAAGGGCAUGUCCGAUCCUUGAGUGAAAGACUAAUGCAGAUGUCACUGGCUACCAGUGGAGUUAAAGCCCACCCACCUGUUACCAGUGCUCCCCUCUCUCCAUCACAACCCAGUGAUCUCUACAAGAAUCCCACCAGUUCCAGUGAAUUCUACAAGGCCCAAGGGCCAACUCCCAGCCAGCAUAGUCUGAAGGGCAUCGAACACCGAGGCCCCCCACCUGAAUAUCCUUUCAAGGGCAUGCCAUCCCAGUCUGUAGAGUGCAAGUCCCAAGAGCCAGGGCACUUCUAUAGCGAGCAUCGCCUGAACCAGCCAGGGAGAACAGAGGGGCAACUGAUGAGGUAUCAGCACCCCCCUGAGUAUGGAGCAGCCAGGCCAACGCAGGACCUCGCGCUGUCUUUGUCAGCCAGGAAUUCUCAGCCUCACAGCCCCAGUUCUUCAUUGACAACUGGGACAUCUUUGCCCUUGCUGCAGUCUCCACAAUCCGCUAGAUUGUCUUCUGGUCAACACGCCUUGGUCUCAAACCAAGGUAACCAUUCUGCUCAUCUGCCAAGGCAGCAGCAGCAUUUUCUUCCAAAUCAGAGUCAUCAGGGGGACCACUACCGUCACUCCCAGCCGGGCCUGACUCAACAGCAGCAGCCAGGAGACGCCACCUACUCAGCGAUGCCUCGGGCUCAGCAGUCUGCUUCUUAUCAGCCUAUGCCAGCUGACCCUUUUGCCAUCGUCUCUAGAGCCCAGCAGAUGGUUGAGAUUCUCUCUGAGGAGAAUCGAAACUUGCGACAGGAGUUGGAUGGAUGCUAUGAGAAAGUGGCAAGGCUGCAGAAGGUGGAGACAGAAAUUCAACGGGUCUCAGAGGCCUAUGAGAACUUGGUGAAGUCGUCUUCCAAGAGAGAGACUCUGGAGAAAGCCAUGAGGAACAAGCUGGAGGGCGAGAUUCGCAGGAUGCAUGACUUCAACAGGGAUCUGAGAGACCGUCUAGAGACUGCCAACAAGCAGCUGGCAGAAAAGGAGUAUGAGGGGACAGAGGACACCAGGAAAACCAUCUCUCAGCUCUUUGCCAAAAAUAAAGAAAGCCAGCGGGAGAAGGAGAAGCUAGAAGCAGAGCUGGCUACUGCCCGUUCUACCAAUGAAGACCAAAGGCGACACAUUGAAAUCCGAGACCAGGCAUUGAGCAAUGCCCAGGCAAAGGUGGUGAAGCUGGAAGAAGAGCUGAAAAAGAAGCAAGUGUAUGUGGAGAAAGUGGAGAAGAUGCAGCAGGCCCUAGUACAGCUCCAGGCAGCAUGUGAGAAACGUGAGCAGCUGGACCACCGACUCCGGACACGUUUGGAGAGGGAACUGGAAUCCCUCAGAAUCCAGCAGCGCCAGGGCAAUCCUCAGCCCAGCAGUUCUCCUGAAUACAAUGCCGCUGCACUGAUGGAGCUCCUCCGAGAAAAGGAAGAGAGAAUUCUGGCCCUGGAAGCGGAUAUGACAAAGUGGGAACAGAAGUAUUUGGAAGAGAAUGUGAUGAGACAUUUUGCUCUGGAUGCUGCUGCAACUGUGGCUGCACAGCGAGACACAACAGUCAUUAGCCACUCACCUAACACCAGCUAUGACACAGCCUUAGAGGCCCGCAUCCAGAAGGAAGAGGAAGAAAUCCUGAUGGCCAAUAAGCGUUGCUUGGACAUGGAAGGAAGGAUUAAGACCCUCCAUGCCCAGAUUAUUGAAAAGGAUGCCAUGAUCAAAGUGCUGCAGCAGCGUUCCAGAAAGGAGCCAAGCAAGACCGAGCAGCUAUCAUCCAUGCGGCCAGCAAAGUCUCUGAUGUCCAUUUCCAAUGCUGGAUCAGGCUUGCUUGCCCACUCCUCUACCUUGACUGGUACACCCAUCAUGGAGGAGAAGCGAGAUGACAAGAGCUGGAAGGGGAGCCUAGGCAUCCUUCUGGGUGGAGACUACCGUGCUGAGUCUGUCCCAUCCACGCCUUCACCUGUGCCUCCGUCUACUCCCCUACUCUCAGCUCACUCGAAGACAGGCAGUCGAGACUGCAGCACCCAAACUGAACGAGGAUCGGAAUCGACCAAGACCGCAGCUGUCACUCCCAUCUCUGUUCCAGUGGCUGUUCCAGUUGCUGCUGCUGCCCCUGCUGCUGCCAUCAAUGCAACUGCUGCCACCAACACUGCCACUGCUGCCACCAACACCACCGUCAUGGUAGCUGCUGCUCCAGUCGCUGUUGCUGCUGUCGCUGCUCCAGCUGCUGCUGCUGCUGCUGCUGCUGCCGCUGCCGCCCCAUCUCCAGCAAAUGCCACUGCUCUUGCUGCUGCUGUCUCUCCAGCUGCUACUGUCUCUCCAGCUGUUUCUCCAGCCGCUGCUAUCUCUCCAGCCGCUGCUGUCUCUCCAGCUGCUGCUGUCUCUCCAGCCACGGCCGUCUCUCCAGCUGCUGCUUUUCAGACUCCAGCUGCUGCAUCUCUUACUUCUGCUACUGUUUCUCCCACUCCUGCUGCUGCUACUGCUGCUGCUGCUACUGCAGCUACUGCUGCUGCUGCCGCCGCUGCUGUUCAGGUUGCUCCAGCUACUUCGGCUCCGGUUCCAGCUCCAGCUCCGAUUCCGGCUCCAGCAACGGCUCAGGCUUGUGCUCCGACUCCGACUCAGGCAUCAACUCCAGCUCCGAUUGCAGCUCUUACUCCAGCUCCGACUCCAACUCCAGCUUUGGUUCAGGCUGAGGGUCUUGCAAGUCCAGGUACCAGCUCUGGACCACGCCGUUUGUCCACACCAAAUCUGAUGUGCAAUCCAGACAAGCCAGAUGGUCCUGUUGUCUACUCCAGCACUCUGGAAAGAAAAACACCCAGUCAGAUCCUGGGACAAGAGCCUGAUGCAGAGAUGGUGGAAUAUCUCAUCUGAACGGCACCAGACAGAGCUGGAGUUACCAGAAAGAGUUCUUUUAAUAAUCUUUCCCUUUCGUUCGUUUAAUCAGGGGUGCAGAUGGGGUUGGGAGGUGGGGGAUGAUUUUCUAAAGGGACUUUUUAAUGGACUCUUGUAGUACUUAAGUAAUAUCAUGGGGAUUCCAGUCUAUUUUGGAAUACUUAGGGAGUAACUCGAAAAGAUAGGUUAAGCAGAAUGUACUCUAAAGCUUACUGUUGGACUUUAUACAAGUCAUGGACUAGAACAGGUAGUGAUGUCCAUUGAUGUUUUUCAUACACAUCAACUUGAGGUUAUUUUUCACUGAGGAACACAGUAUGUGUGGAAGACAGGUUGUAACAUGUUGUUCUGAAGGGAAGAUUCAGGGAGAGUUUAAGGACGUAUUGCUUUGUCUAGUCACUACCUAGACAACAGCCCCAGAAAGCUCUUAUUUUGGGCUCCAGAAAAGAAAGUGUCCUGGGAGCUUUGGAAGCUGGAGAAAAAGUAGAGUGUAUUGGAGUGAAGAAGGGUGCUGGAACCAAGUUUCUCUCCCAGUUGCCAGUUACCCUGCCCCCUCAUAUUGAUGGUAUUUCUCUCCAUUUCAAUGGUGCUUUGGAAGAGGAUUCUUUUAGUUCCCUCCUGGAGGUUCAUACAUUCAUAUAUAUGCAUACACAUAUACACAUACUCUGGAAUAAUUUAUGCAUUUGGACAAUUAAUAUAUUGCUUUCAGAUGGUAGGAAGGGAAAUGAGCACAGUGAGACAUGACUUCCUCUCUCAUAGGGGGUUAGAUGUUAGAGGUCUUGAUGAAGGGCUGCAUGAGAUAGUCAUCAACAUUGUUCAGUCACCUUAAAUUAGUCCAGUUGACUGACUUAGCCUUUAUUUCUUCCACAACACAGACUCACCGGCUGGGUUCACCAGCCUUUGUUUGCCAAUAAUUUGCAAAAUGAGGAAACAUCUUUGUUGACAGGUUGAAUGUGUUGAAUUUCUGGCAAAGACUUUGAAAUAUUUCAUUUGUGUCUUUCCAGAAUCCUUAGCAUGUGCCUUCAAAGGCAUAUGCAACUGGCACCUCCAAGGAACUAGCAUAAGAAGCCCAAAGUACCAGGCUGCAGUCAGGAGAGAGGUUGAUUGCAGCAAUCUCCUCAACUACCUCUUCUCACUGUCAGUGACUCCAUUUUAGAAUCCCUUUGGGAAGUAGUUGGGAAUGUAUACAUGGGCGGGACCAAACAUGGGGCCUUGCCAUAGGGCUGCCUUCAAGGACACAGAGGGUGUCGGUUGCCACAAGUCCUUGUUCUUUGUCUCUGCCCUUCAUUAAGGGGAUAGAACUGCACAUAGUAUCAUUAAGAUCAGUCUUCAGGGGUAUAGGGAGGGUAAGGGGAGGGGGCUAUUAGAUAAGAGGGGUAGAAGUUUAGCGAUGUGUUAAGUUAGAAAUCAGAUUGGUACAAGGGUAACAUAUAUAUUAUGCCAUUGGGAUAUAAUGAUGGGGAGGAACUUUAUCUAGCCAUGUAGCACUACCAUUAAUUUUAGUGAUGAGGAAUCUGAGACUUGGAAAAAUUCAGUGACUUUUUCAAGGUCACACAGCACAUCUAUCUGCUUUGCCAAUUACAUACCCAUUUUGGGAAAUGAUUGUAAAAAAGAGGAGCCUAUUUUGAAGAAAAGGCAUCCUCGUAGUCUAGGGCAUACCUACUUUAUGAAAAUCUUGGUUGAGAUAGAUUGUUUGGGUUUCUGAAUUCUUAUCUUGUCUUUGCUGGAGUGCCUUGUAUGGAAUUGGGUUUUUUUCCUCAUCCCAUUUAAUAAUUGAGCUACAUGAAAUGCACCCCUAAGAAAUCAACCCAACUAUAUUUCAUUAUAAAAUUGGGUGUCUUGGGUCUUUUUAUGUAUUCCUCUGUAAGAAUAAGAGUGAUAUAUUUACCUGUAUUCUUGUGUAGUUACUAAUUAUCUUCCAAAGGAUUUGUGUGUGUGCACAUAUGUGUGUGUGCCUAUGUGUUUCUGCGUGUAUGUAUGUGUAGAUGAUGGAAGGAAACGCAACUUUAACUAGUGCUUUUUCACAUUUUAAAUAACAAAGCAAUCAUCCAAUACAUUGGUCCUCGGAUGCAGAGUGAAUGCCUAACCAAAAUGUAAAAGGGCAGGCAUGUUAAUAAUGCUCAUUCACACAAUUUUUUUUUUGUUGCAAAGGAAAAAACCUUCAGACAGUAGAAGACUCAGACAGAAAAAACCAGGAGAGCGACUUUCUAUCUAAGCAAAUGAAUGAAAGUAAAAGAAACUUCCUGUCCUCUCAUAAUGACAUCCUGAGAUAGAAUUGGGGCUGACUCUGAGAGCCAUGAUUAGAAUCACGUUCUGUAAAGUGACAUAUGUAAUACAUUCCUCACUGUGGCAACCAUCUCUUUAGAAUCAUGUGUUUGGGGAAAGAAGAAGUCCUUGCUGAAGUACUGUUUUGAACUGCCCAGAAACACUCUGCCCUGCCACACUAGAGGCACUGCUGUUCAGUUUUCAGUCUGAAGCAAUUUGCUAGAAGGAUGUUGUACAUCAAAGAGAUGGAAGAAGACUAUGUUGGUAUAGUCAUGUAUGGAUCAUGUAGACUCCACCUUUUGAGAAAAUUUCUACUAUACAUCAGAUGAAAAAUUCAGUUCAUAUAUAAAUCUCAAAUUAACCACUUCUUCACACUUGAUUGGAUGUAAUAUUUGGCACCUAUUCCUUGUCUUCCUCCUAUCUACAGUACAAUGUAUGCAUUUUACUGGCACCACAGAAGAAGAGAGAGUUUGUUGUCUUGACUUUUACUGUCUGGUGGUGUAUGAGGAUCGUUUAAAUCUUUUGUUACCCCCAAUGUCCUAUGUCCAGCAAAAUUUCAUUUGAUUGAACUAUACUUGAUACAACACUAUUAACAUUGUUGAGGAAGUAACUUCACUUCCUUUGAAAGUCAUGUAUUGUGACUGUUGUCUUAAUGAAGGUUUGAAUUUCAGUGUUGUUUUUGAACUGCAGGGUGACGGGACAGUAGAAACUUGAAACAUCUGCCAUCAUCUAUGACAGGAGACAUACCAAGAUACCCGUCAGGUUCUCUUUUUACUUUUGCACUGUUGAGUGGGUCUAACAAACUGAUUUUCAAGCUACUUUUUAUUU